CGGGAAUUUCUAGGCCCUGUACGUAAUCGCGUGUCCACGCACGGUGAACGCUAGCACUCGUUUGCUAGACGGCCGGCUAGCAAAACGAGUCGAUUUCUCCUGGUGCGCGAUAUCGUGGUAAGAGGUGGAGGAGACGUUACUCGUCGAAAAAUUCGAGGGUAUUGUCGAAGGUUAGAGGUACAAGGGGACCUUGUGGUAGUUAGAACGACGGCGGCAGCGACGGCGGCGGCGGCGGCGGCGGCGGCAUUGUCCUGCUUGUUUUGUUGUCUCUCGCGACACGCACAGGUGGAAAAGAGAAGAAGCUAUCGCGUUGUCGAGGAAUCGAGGAGUGACGGAGGAGAGCGAGACUGUGUGUACAGGUCAAAUAGAGAAGAGACUGGUGGUGUGCUAUGCACGAAUGCCCAUAGGUGUACCGUAAAAGACAAGAGCAAACGUAGCGUAAAGGGGAGAGGGAGAGGUGGAAAGAAGGUUCAGAACGACGGUGACGAAAGAAAAAGACAGGAAGGAGAUAGGAUAGGCGAGAAGACGGAAAGAAGGGAAGAAAGAAGAGUGUAAGAGAGAAAGAGAGGGGAGAACUAAAGAAGAACGAAAGGUAGCAGCAGAGUGUACAGGAUACGAGGAGAGAGAGACGACAGGGCGAAAGAAAGACACGGACGAAGCGCGUUAGAGUGCGUGAUCCAAAAUGGCGCUGAACCAGGACGUGGACCAGUUGUCGAAAAGUAAUCUGGUAGUAAAUAUCGAUCAAAACUCGGAAUCGGAUCUACAGGCACUGUUCGACAGCGUCCUGAAGCCAGACUCGAAGCGUCCGUUGCAAGUACCACUGCGCAUGCGCAAUUUACCAGAUUCCUUCUUUAAUCCACCGUCGACGGGUAGCAAGAGUCCCUCGAUUUCGCAUUCACGGGAGAAUUCGGCGGAUUCCGCGUUUGGUACAGCAGCCGCGGUCGCCGGUGCCGGCCCAGCACCCGGUGGAAACGCCACCGGUACAUCAGCUACCGGAGCAGCAGGUGCGGCUACUGGUGGAAGUGGAAAUACUGCCGCUGGUACCGGAUCAAACGCCGCAGGUGCGGCUGCGGCUGCAGUCGCGGCAGCGGCCGCGGCUGGCCUCACCGUUGCUCAUCCUCGCGCUCACAGCAGCCCGGCCUCUCUUCAGCAAACCUACGCCUCAGCUCAGCAGGCGCCUCAGCACGCGCCCCAGCCGCACGCGCGUCACCAUCAUCACCAGAAGCAACGCAGCUACGACGUCAUCAGUACGGUCGACGACCUAGGUCCCCUGCCACAUGGAUGGGAACAGGCGCGCACCCCCGAGGGACAAAUCUACUUCCUCAACCACCUGACGCGAACCACGACAUGGGAAGAUCCACGAAAAACAGCGGCAGCAGCGAACGUGGCAGCUGUGGCUGCCGCCGUCGACAAUGGGAAAUCCUCGACCGGCGCUACCAAUUCUCUAGGUCCAUUGCCCGACGGAUGGGAGCAAGCGCGUACUCCUGAAGGAGAAAUCUACUUCAUUAAUCAUCAGACACGUACCACUUCGUGGUUCGAUCCAAGAAUCCCUACACAUCUACAAAGGGCUCCGACUUCAGGUGCGAUGUUACCACAAAACUGGCUUCAACAACAACAACCCACAGGUGGUGGCAUUCAGAGUAAUCAAACAUUGCAAGCGUGUCAACAGAAACUCCGUCUUCAGUCGCUACAGAUGGAACGCGAGCGUCUUAAGCAACGGCAACAGGAAAUUAUACGUCAGCAAGAGCUUAUGCUCCGACAAAGCACUACCGACGCCGCUAUGGACCCAUUUUUAUCGGGAAUCAACGAACAACAUGCACGUCAGGAAAGCGCAGACAGUGGUCUGGGUCUUGGUUCUGCUUAUUCUCUUCCUCAUACACCGGAAGAUUUUCUUGCAAAUAUCGACGAUAACAUGGAUGGCACCAGUGAUGGUGGUGCACCCAUGGAGACACCAGAUCUCUCUACACUGAGCGAUAAUAUCGAUUCGACGGACGAUCUUGUUCCAUCGUUACAGUUGAGUGAAGAUUUCAGUAGCGAUAUUUUGGACGAUGUGCAAUCGCUGAUAAACCCUAAUACGACAAAACCUGAAAACGUGCUGACGUGGCUGUAGUAUGGAGGAAAGAAUUGUCUAUGACAGGCAAGCAAUUUAUGAAAUCGAUUCGUUAAAAAAAAAAAUUGCAAUUUCAAUACGUCUAAACUAAAUGGAACGAUUCUAGAGGAUCUUACCAGUAAAGUAACGACUAUUCCAUAAAAAAAACGCACGUGAACGAGAAAAAUUUUAAAGUUUAAGUAGAAUGGAGCCUUAAUUACAAAAUGCGCUAUGCUCAACGUAUAUACAGAAAUGUAUAUACAGAAACAUUCACAGGGUGUCCUAGAAAUGUUGACGAUAAUUCGGAAGAUUAUAGUUCUUAUUGAAUUCCAUACUACGAAUUUCUUGUUAUAUACCGUGCUUGUUGAAUGAUGAAAGGUGGUAAAAAAUAGUGAAAUUCGAAGCCUUAAAAUCUAGUGUUCAUGGCAAGCUUGUCGAGUCUUCCUGAAGAAAUUUUUGAGAAUGUUGAGCAGGCCGUAAUAAUCGUUGAGGCUUCUGCAGAAACUAGUUUUCUCUUCCACCUUUUUUUACCACCUGCUGCGUGGAAUAAUCGAAAUUGUUGGAAUUGAAUGAAGAAUACGAUCUUUGACGUUGUAUUUUAAGAUUUUUAGGACAUCUUGUAUGUAAAAAAUGUAUUCGGGUCUUUCUCUUUCUCUCUUAUUAUUAGGGUAUUUGAGUGUUCGUAUGCUUGUAUGUGUGUAUGAGUGCAUUUGUCCCCACAACAUUUUGUAUAUAAGUUUGUAUUUCUAUACUAAAGCAUUGUACGAGAGGGAGCGAGAGAGAGGACUGAAUAUUAUUCAUUUUAUUAUGAGUAAUAAUAUUUAAUGUGCGUACCGUUCGGGUCAAUGGAGAAGAGCGCAAUGAAUGGAGAAAGCUCGAUAUACUUCCCGAUAGUAUGGAGUAGACAAGUAAAUUGUUGUUUAAUUAUAUUUAUAUCACGUUGGUUUACAAAAGGAAUCUGAUAUCAUGACAUAUCAGAUUUUUUUACGAUCAUGGAUCUCGCAUGUGAUUUAAAUUUAAAAAGAACAGCAUCAUACCUGAUGUGUUCACGGAGUUUGUGAACGUACAUUGAAAACUAAUCGAACGAAAUAAGGACGAAGUGCAAUUAUUAUGAAAACACUAUGUACAGAGAGAAUGAAAGAACAAGAGGAAAGAGGGUAUGAUGUUCGAUAAAUGAUAUUUUAUUCGAUAUUCGUCGAUUCAUAUAGCGGUGAUCUUUAUAUGAUGUUUACGGAAGCAACGGCAACGUCUAAAAGUAUCGAAGCAUUUUUAACACACGGACACUUGUCUAUACUUCGAAGUUGGCAUACGGAACAAGUCGUGUUACAUGUAUGAUUCAGAUUCGAAACAGAUUUCUCCGAAUUGCAUGUGUGUGUGUAUGUGUAUAUAUAUAUAUAUAUAUGUAUAUAUAUACAUAUGUAUAUGUACAUACGUAUAUACAUAUAUAUAUAUACACAUAUGUACACCGCAAUCGAGUGUCGAUAAUGCUCAGACUAUUUUACAAGCGAUAUGCUUAAACGAAGUGCCUUUUCUUUGCAAUCGAUUAGAACGACAAUAUUGAUCGUCAUGUUUUAAAGCAAUAACCGUCCGUCUAUACGAGAUGUUUAUAUGAACAUGUGGUAAUUGUUAAAAUAGACAAACACGUUUUUAGACCCUUUUAAAUACUUUGAAAAGGGGAACACAAAAUGAAUAUAUAUAUUUUUUUUAUAUAUAAAGUCUAUACCUGUUACAAAUUGCAGUUAUUGGUAUUUUGAAAUCACUGUUAGAUUAUAAAAUUCUCUUACGUUUUAUACUACAUACAGUUAUAUUAUGGACAUUAAAAAAGGAGAGUAUAUGAUGUUUAUAGAUUACCUUUAAAUAUCUUUAGCCUUAAGGAUUUUUCGCGUAUUUCUUUCCCUUAGUUCAUGGGGAUAAGAAAAUUGAAAGAAAAAAAGAGGCCGUUAAUCUUGUACUUUGUAUGUUCCUCGCGAAACAACCAGUAGUAAUGGUUAUUAUCGAAUAAUCAAAGCGACAUGGUAAAGAGGAGACAAUACGCGUAUAUUUAGUUACAUGGCAGCUUAAGUGUAUACAUACGUUAUAAAAAGAAGGGAAAGAAAAAGAAAAAAGAGGAAAAAAAGUGAAUAAAAGAAAUAUCGGAGGUUGACGUAACUUUCUUUUAUUAGUCCGAAAUAAUGCGGCGAUAACGUUGAUAAGUACUGUACCCCAGUGAUAACAAUCACGCGAUCACCAAUUUUAUCCGACUGAUGUAUUCCAUGUUUUACGUUUUUUCUUUCUAUAGUUCGAAGUACACGAAGAAAGAGCUGUUAUCUUUCUCAAAUAAUCAAAACAUUAUCUUGUUAACGUUUCCUUGUUAAUCAUCGAAUUUUCAUUGUUAUCGAAUCGUCACAGUUACGUCUGCCAACCACGGUCGUUCAUCGAAGAUCAUAGAAUUUCAUUGAUAAAUUAAAAGAAAGAAAAGAAAUGAAAACACAAAAAAGGUGGAAGGAAAAAUCCGUGAGCUCUCCUGCCUUUUCCCUCAGUAAGGAAAAGUUCCGGAGACGCAAAUUAAAUUUUUGUUUUGUAGUUAUUCGCACGCUUGGUUUUAUCUUUUAUACUGCUACAACGGUAGCUGUGCGAGUAGCACGAGUAUUCGACCUCUUUUUAUUUUUUAAUGAAGUAAUAAAACGAUCAUGUAAUAUUCGUUCGAUAUUUGUGUUACUAUCUGUAUUAUUCGACUGAAACUUGGAAAGCGAUCGCUGUAUAGUAAUUACGUGUAGCAACACAAAACACGGUAGACUUAACGCUCCUGUUAUCUGCAUUAAAAAUCAUUGUAAGAAGAAAAUUUUUAUAAUCGUUUCAAAUAUUAGGCAUGAUAUAUAUAAUAUAUAUAUAUAUCGUUUCUCGAAUUACGAGUGUCUCUUGUUUCCUUAUUAUCGGUAUAUUAAAUGUUUCUGUAUAGUAAUAUCGUAAUGAUUUUAAUGCGAAUGGCUAUAUAAAGAAUAAAGCUGUUGUACAAACGUAUAAAAGAAGGCAUUCAUAGUUUGAGAAGUCUAUAUCGAUAACGAUUUUAAUCAUGUCGGGAGGCACAAAAUCUUUCUUUUUAUUAUCGUUGUCUACUAUGUUUUCUGUUCAUGGUUAUUAUGUUCGAUCGUAACGCGAAGCUUGUAUUAAACGCGAAGAUCUAUUUUCGAGUGCGAUCCAAAAAAGUUACCAUCGUUAACAAGGAUCACGAAAUCGUUGCGUUACGUUACUCUCGUUGCGACAGCUUCCAGGCGUGCAGGUCAGAUACAUUUAAUGUAUUAUUUUUAUUGCUAGUUAACGAUAAUAUUAAUAUUACCAUACCGUAUCUUGCUUUUAGUCUAAACUCAAUUUAGUUGUUAUGUGUAGGGGCGGGGGGAGCAUCGCGUGGAGGCGGAGACCUCUUACAAAGUGCCUUCAAUUUAACGUGAAGAAAAAUAAGUGUUAUUUCACGAAAUGGAAAGCGUUUGUUAAUAACAGUCGAAUAACAGUAACAGAAAACGAAAACAAGUCAACAAACUCCCCUUGGGUGACAUCCAUAAUAUCUGAGAUUAUACUACGAGAAGCAAUUAGUUGUUUAAUAUCAGUAUUUAUAUAUGCUCAUUGGCAAUAAUUUGUGACGUACACAUUUUUAUAUCGGUAACAAGUGCCUUAGUAAUAACGAUAAUGAUAAAUAUAUUGUUUACUUACGUACUGACAAA